AUGAUUCUGAAAUCUUCCAUUCUUCAAGUUCUGUUAUGGGGACUCCAAGGUGCAAUCGCACUCUCACCAAGAGCACCACCUCAAAGUUCCUCUAGAGUGCCUCGUAUAACACCCAAUUCGACAAAUGGGGAUGUCAACUACACUGCUCCCUACUUCCCUCUUCUAGGAUUUGAGCAAUACGCCGGAAAUCCCAUUCUUUCACCCAACCCAAAGCACAACUGGGAAUCAGCCUACUUGUAUAAUCCCACAGCCAUUGUGGUAGACGACACGGUCUGGAUGCUCUAUCGCGCCCAGAACAAAUCCAAAACAUCCUCGGUGGGUCUAGCAUGGUCAAAGAACGGGAUCAAUUUCACGCGAUACGACAAGCCCGUUCUUUACCCGACAGAACCAUACGAGAUCCCCGGUGGAUGCGAGGACCCUCGAGUAGUCCGAGUUAAUGGAACCUUCUACAUGACCUACACCGGAUACGACGGGAUAGCGGCACGUCUUUGCCUCGCAACCUCAACCGAUCUAGUACACUGGGAAAAGCAUGGACCCAUUCUGCCUGAUACAUUGGACGUGGUAUACGACUGGCAGAAUCCAUUAAACACCUAUACUCCCCGCAAAGGGUGGAGCAAGUCCGGGUCUAUUCUAAACGAAGCGCAAUCUGACGGAACUUACCGCAUGAUCUACGGGGAUUCUUUCCUUUAUCAGGCUAACUCGACUGAUUUGAUCCACUGGAACUAUCCCCAAGGUGGUCUUCCUUAUGCCGCUCAUUUAAAUCCUUGGGAACAAGCCAUCAUGGAGUCUGGCCCCCCCGGCAAUCAAGACCAGGGAUGCUAUGUCUAUAAUGGUGUUGCUACCGGCCCUGGUGGAUACACUUCGACGCAGUAUAGUACCGGUCAGAUGUUGUUGGAUAUCGCGCGAUUCCCUAAUGGUCCUCCUGUUGCUCGGUUGGAGACUCCCAUUUUGCAACCUACGAGUGUGCAUGAAGUUACGGGGCAGGUUGAUAAUGUUGUUUUUACGGAGGGGUUGGUGCAGUAUCAUGGCAAGUGGUUUAUGUACUUUGGGCAAGGGGAUGCGUUCCUGGGUGUUGCCACGGCUCCAGUUCAACCCUGA